AUGAAGGCGCCCGGCCAGGUGAACAAGGUGAGCAGUACGGCGGCCGAGGAUUCCAACAACAACAACAACAACAACGGCCACAACGGCCGCCAUCACCACAAUGGAAAUGGCGAGGCGAACCGCGGCAGCCGCAGUGAGUUCACCGGAAUGAAGGACGAAAACGACGAGGACAUUGACGUGGUCGUCGACGAUGUGGACGAGGAGGAUGAAGAGGAGGAGGAGGAGGACCUGGAGGACGAGGAUGUCGACUCGAUGGAUCUCGAUGAGGACGAGGAGGAGGACGAAGAGGUGGACCUGGAGGGAGAACUGGCAGAGGAGCUGAAAGCAGUCACCAAGCUGGUCGGUGAUGCAGCUGAACCUGAGGAGGAGGAGGAGGACGAAGAGGAGUUGGAAAACGGAGAUGAAGAGGUCGAGGUGGACCUGGAUGAAAUGGAGGAAAUAGACAAGGGAACGGAUGACAGUGUCAACUCAAAGGAGGGUGAAAAGAAGAAGGUAAAGACCGAAAAAAGAGGUGCCAAUGACGAGGACAUUGACGUGGAAAACUAA